AGAUACUCGACGAGAGACGUGACGAGACACACGACGCAGCAUGUCGACCAGUCUGCGUAACAUCCGCCCUCGAGGAUCGGCGACUGACGACAAGUCGACGUCCGAGGACAAUGCACUGAAGAGCUCCAAGGGACGGGUGGCAUGCGGGCAAUGCCGGAAGCUGCGGCAAAAGUGUGAUACCCAACGGCCGUCCUGUGGCCGGUGUCUGUCCACGAAGCAUGACUGCAUCUACGAGGCAGAUCUCGGCGAGACGCGGAUGCAGGGGAUCCGCAAGGCCAACCGCCAGCUCCGAGGAGAGGUGAACGCGCUGAAGUCGUUGCUGGAGCGGCUCAAGUCGGCGGACGACGACGCGAAGGCGGACAUCAUGGCCCGCCUCGCCGAAGACGAGCCACCCGAGGUCAUUCUCCAACGCCUCAAGGACGGCGAGGGAGUAUUACGGAAGCGGAAGCCAGGCAGCUCUCACGUUCACGACACUUUCGAGACCGAGCCGUCCAGGCGCGGCCCAACGACAACGACGACGACGACGACGACGACGACAACACUAAAACCAACAAGAGCAACAAGCAUCGAUGGCCUUGUCAAAUUGGAGGAAGACAACGAGCCUCCGCUCCCGCCCGGGAUCGUCCCGUGGCAUAUUGACAAGAUGCACUACCUCCUCCACCGCGUCCAACGCAUCGACAUCAACGCGAACUCGACAGACUCGCAGUCUCACACUCAUCGCCUGGACGGACAAGAGCCACGCUCGGAAACGGAAGAAGCAGACGAGGAGCAGAAGAACCCGCAACUCCUCCACGCCAUCCUCGCAGCCGACCGCGAGGCCCAACGCCGGGCCAAGUCCUCCUCGACCGAGUCCCUGCCCCCCGGCGCCGUCGAGGCCUUCGGCAACCUCCCGCUCUCCUCCGCCGUGCGGGCCAACUACUAUCCCGCGGCGGUCCAGGCCCGGCAGCUCCUCGCCCUGCAGGCCGAGGAGUACCGCCUGCCCUCCUUCAUCGCCUCGGACGGGAGCCCGCUGUCCGGCCUGUUCUACAGCUACCGCGACGCUGCCAUGGAGAUGCUCUCGAACGGCGUGCCGGCGUCCCAGGUCCUAGGGCCCUCGGACCGCAUCGACCUGGAGCUCUUCUUCCGCGACCGCGAGCCGCACGAUGCCUACGACGUCCACUCGUGGUCCUGCGAGCUGCUGAAGAACAUUGAGGGCUACGACAUCUUUGUGAAGCUGGCGAGCGUCGCCCUCUACACGACGUACAUGCGGGUAAGAUGAGAUGAGAGAGGGGAGGGGGAGGGAAGGGGAUGGGUUUCUUUCUGAUGGAUAGACAUGAGGAACGUAAGGACGAUGAUGGAUGACUGACUGACUGACGG